CCUGGCGCAUGCGCGACAGUGCGGCCCUCGUGGAGGGACGGGCCCCCGGGCACUGCCUAGACGCCCGAAGGGGGCUGAUGAGGCGGACGGACUGUUUCCGGCUAGAGGUUCCGGGACGAGGAGGAAGCUGCGGCCGCCCGCGGUGGGACGCGCAGGCCGCUUAGCCCCGGGCGUUGCCGUGGGGCGCUCAGGUGGGGAGUUCCUCGAGUGAUUGAAACCGCGCCCAAUGACCAAGUGGAGAGGCUCUGCAAUCAGACAAGGAUGCUUUUUCUACACUUGCAGCAAAACAAGCCAAGAGGAGGAACACACUCAGCCCUGGUAGUUGUAACCCAGCACUCAUUCUGUGAAUAUGGCAAACAAGGGGAACAAGAAACGUCGGCAGUUCUCCCUGGAGGAGAAAAUGAAAGUUGUGGAAGCUGUAGACUCGGGAAAGAGGAAAGGUGAUGUGGCAAAAGAAUUCGGUAUCACUCCUUCUACUUUGUCUACGUUCUUAAAGGAUAGGGCCAAAUUUGAAGAGAAGGUACGGGAGGCAUCUGUAGGACCCCAGCGGAAAAGGAUGAGGAACGCUCUCUAUGAUGACAUUGAUAAGGCUGUUUUUGCUUGGUUUCAGGAAAUCCAUGCCAAAAACAUUCUUGUGACUGGUUCUGUCAUUCGGAAAAAAGCACUAAACUUGGCCAACAUGCUUGGCUAUGACAAUUUCCAAGCAAGUGUGGGCUGGCUGAACAGAUUUAGGGACCGCCACGGAAUUGCUUUGAAAGCAGUCUGUAGAGAGGAUAGUGACAGAUUAAUGAAUGGUCUAGGAAUAGAUAAGGUUAAUGAGUGGCAUGCAGGGGAAAUUAUAAAACUGAUUGCAGACUACAGCCCAGAUGAUAUCUUUAAUGCUGACGAGACAGGAGUGUUUUUCCAGUUGCUUCCCCAGCACACGCUUGCUGCUAAAGGGGACCAUUGUAGAGGAGGCAAGAAAGCAAAGCAGCGGUUGACAGCACUCUUUUGUUGCAAUGCUUCCGGGACUGAAAAAAUGAGACCAUUGAUUGUUGGUAGGUCAGCCAACCCACACUGUCUCAGGAACGUCCAUUCCCUCCCAUGUGAUUAUCGAGCCAACCAGUGGGCAUGGAUGACGCAGGAUCUGUUCAAUGAGUGGCUGAUGCAAGUGGAUGCCAGGAUGAAGCAGGCAGAGCGCCGCAUCCUCCUGCUCAUCGACAACUGCUCUGCUCACAACAUGCUGCCCCGCUUGGAAAGGAUUCAGGUGGGCUACCUGCCCUCUAACUGUACUGCCGUCCUGCAGCCACUGAAUCUCGGCAUAAUUCACACCACGAAAGUGCUGUACCGAAGCCACCUCCUGAAACAGAUCCUCCUCAAGCUCCGCAGCAGUGAAGAUCACAAAGAGGUGGACAUUAGGCAGGCCAUUGACAUGAUUGCUGCAGCAUGGUGGUCAGUCAAGCAGUCCACGGUGGUGAGAUGCUGGCAGAAGGCAGGCAUCAUCCCUAUGGAACUGAUGGAUUCUGACACAGAAGCAGCAGUCAGUGAACCAGAGGUAGCCAUUGAGAAGUUGUGGCACUCCGUGGCUAUUGCCACUUGUGUCCCCAAUGAAAUCAAUGUCCAGGACUUUAUCACUGCAGAUGAUGACCUCAUCAUCUCGCAAGAGCUGAUAGACGCAGAGGUCAUCCCAGGCAUGGAGGUUGGUGAAAAUACAGAUGAAGCCGGAAGUGAAGAGGAAGAGGAGGCAUCUUUAGCACAGCAGCCAAAAAUCACCAUCACAGAGGCCAUCUCAAGUGUACAGAAACUUAGACAGUUCCUUUCCACUUGCAUAGGGGUUCCUGAUGCCAUUUUUGGACAGCUGAAUGGUAUUGAUGAAUACUUAAUGAGAAAAAUGACACAAACUCUUGUUGAUUCCAAAAUUGCAGAUUUCCUUGAAACAAAAUAACAUAGGCAUUUCCUACCUCUAUUCAUUUUGAAAAUGUAGUUUAUGAGAAUAAAGUUUUUUUUUUUUUAAGAUAGGCUAUUGAACUUAAAAUGUAAGCAAUAUUAUAAUGACAACAUUCCAGUCCUCUGAAAUAAUCAGGAAACUUCCUUGAGUGGAAUCUGUAAAUGAAAUUUGACUAAUGUGUGUUAUCUUUUGAUUAAUCAAGUGGUUCCCAAAGUUGUCUGCACCUAAGGAUCUCUUGAGGAUCUUUAAAAAAUUUCCAAAGCACAGGCCUUAUCCCAGACCAAUGAAAUCACAAUCUAUGGUGCUGGGUCACAAGCCUUAGUAGUUUGUAAAACUCCCCAGGUGAUUCCAAUGUCCAGAAAAGUUUGGAAAUUACUGUGCUGACCACAGGAAAAUCAAGCACACUGUGGGUCUGGAGCUCAGUGGUUUCCAAAUGUUAGCUCACUUGGAAGGUUUGCUAAAACCCAGAUUGCUGGGCUCUACCUCCAGUCUUCUGAUUCAGUGGGUCUUAGAUGGGGCCCCAAAAUUUGCAUUUCUAACCAGUUCCCAGGUCAUGCUGAUGCUAAUGUGGUCCAGGAUCCCUACUUUGAGAACCACUGGUCUAGCUGGAUUCUAGUACUUCUCCCUUCAGCCAACCAACUGAAUACUCACACUAGCAAAAGAAAAAGAGGGGAGCAUUAGCUGUUCUUAUUCCGGAUCCACUAACUCCUUUCUACUGAUUUGGUAACUCUAGAAUCUUCUUAGCUUUUCUCUUGGAUGCCCCACCAGCUAACCAAGUAGUGAGUAGAGGUACAUCUGUCUGUGCCCAAAGCAUUGACAGGAGCCACCGAGCAUAUUAACACAUCUCGUAAUGCUUGAGGCUUGUUACCCAGAGGGAGCUGGGGCACAGGAGAAUUUGAGAAUUAAGGAGAAGGUAUGAUACAAUGUAGGGGGCCUUGUAUAUCAGAAUCCUGGGAGAGAACAUACAGCUUUGUGUACCUCUGACUUUCCAGACAAGGUGAGAGGGAAGUUUGUGGGAGAGAGGACACGUGUGACAGGAUUUGGAUUGGUCCCUGUUUGGAUUAUUCACGCUGCUCUCCACACCUGUGGAUAAUCCAGCCCAGAUUUUGUGAUUAAGAUGAAGGCACACUGUUUGCCUUUGUUAAAAUCACUUCACCUUUAAUUCCUUUAUGUUUGUUCUGCAUAGACGUCUGCAAGAGCAGAGUUGAUUUUAAAUUAUUUAGAGCUACAUAAAUUUAUAAUCAGAUUUAUAUUAAAGUUUUUCUCCUAUAAAGAAGUCAUUCUUAAUAUCCUUUAUAACCCUAGUAUCUGUUCCUAAUAUGGAAGAUAAGUGUCUCUUUCAUUUUUAGAAGAUACAUACAAAUACCUGUCAGUGUUGUAGUAUAGUUUUUCCUUUCAUACAGGUUAAUUUUGUGGUUACUUCAGGAACCCAUUGCAAUUCAGUUAUUUUUCUUUCUGUAAUCAUUUAAUCAAAACAUAUAUAAGGCAGAUAUAUCAUAGAAUGUAUGGCUCAGCGGUUUAGCGCUGCCUUUGGCCCAGGUCAUGAUCCUGGAGACCCAGGAUCGAGUCCCACGUCGGGCUCCCUGCAUGGAGCCUGCUUCUCCCUCUGCCUGUGUCUCUGCCUCUCUCUCUCUCUCUCUGUCUCUCAUGAAUAAAUAAAAUCUAAAAAAAAAAAAAAAAAGUACGGCUUCCAUGUUGAACAAAACAACAAUCACAAAAAGCAUAUUUAAAUGGAUUUUUGAAACCUUAUUUUGUAUAUUUUUCCUUUUAACAAGUAUAAUUUUAAUUAAAAGUACUACACAUAUUUUAAAUCCCUAACACUUCAGAAAGGAAAAUAGUGUCUUCUGGCUAAGUCCUGUGGUUCCACUUAUUGACAGCAACUUCACUACGUUGCUGUGUCAUCGUUUUGUGUCAGGAUUACUGACACAAUUUCAAAUUCCUUUCUUCACCUUUCUUCUGUUUGGCACAUAAUGUUAGAUCUAUUGACAUCCUGCCAUUUCCCCUGCCUGAGUGUCUGUAGUAAUUCUCAAAUGCCUAAAAUAAAUAAAUAAAUACAAGACUAA